AGCAUUACAAGUCGAUGUUAUCGACUUUGUCCUUCUCCGAAAUUGCUGGUCUUGUGCCAAAAUUUGACAUCGAUAUAAUCACUUAUACUUUUUGUCCAUUCUGUUCUGAAUAUCACCGAAAUUUUCCUCUAAAUCACAUUCUAUCCAUUUUAAAUAAGAGACGCGACAGAUCCUAAAUAGGCUGUAUCUAAAAAAAAAAAUUUUUUAAUUUAAAAAAAAACGGAAAAGAAAGAAGACAGCAUAGCGACGACUGACUGGAAUGUCUUUACAAAUAUGCCUGCUUGAUCAGAGCUGACCUGGGGCUAAACAACAACAGCAGAGAAUAGUGUAGCAAUUAUAGUAACAACAGAGUUAGUAGAACUGAAGAUAAUGGUAAGAUAAUGGUCCAAGCUGACUGACUUUCUUAAAAUGACAUUUGAUUGGUCAACUCAAAUGUUACGUCACUACUAAGAAAUGGCAGCCAUGAAACCUGGAAAUACAGAGAGGGGAUGGAAUGAUCCCCCAAUGUUUGACUAUUCUAGUGUCAACACUAAACAGACAAAUCCAAGAAGAACACUGCUGAAUAAAAGAGUAGCUUAUCCUAUGUCUAAUGAUGCGGCUGACGUUGCAAAUUUAUCACAAAAUGAAGAACAAACUGGAGCACUAUUAAACCCUGGCUGUGGUCCACCACCAUUGGGUAACGUCCAGUUACUACCCCCAGCAUCGAACACCAAUACACCAUGUCCUGUUCCUCUUCUUGUUCCCGAGUUGACUCAACAUUCUGGUCUGGACCUUUCAUCUUCGGAAAAUAAUUCAAACAUACCACCUGGAUUGAUAGACUUCCCUGAAGCUAUUGAUGGUCUAUUGGGAAAACUGUCUCUGAAAAGUGAAGAAGAGCUGCAAGAAUAUGUUCUUAAUAAUAUCAAUGUUGUGUUUGAAAAAUGCAAAGGUUGUUUGCAGGUCCGAACAAUUGAGGAAGUAAAACGGAAGCUGGAGAUUUUUAAAGAAUCUUGGGAUAAAGGCCAACUACCAGAUAUUGUGAAAAUAAAGAUGACGCACUUAGCUUGUGCUCUUGAGAAAGGUCAUUAUGAUAUUGCAAAUGAAAUUCAUUUGACAUUAAUGAUUGAUCAUACUGCUGAGGUAAACCAAUGGAUGGUUGGAAUAAAAAGAGUGAUACAACAUGCUAUGAAGUUUCAAGCAUCAUUGAACCAAAAACUGGAAGAUGCCUCUAAAGGAGACAAAAAUGAUAUUCCACUCUGCAAUGUAGGAGACUUUGCUUCCGAUUGUACUGAUACAAAAACAAGUCCAGUUGAAAAUGCAAAUGAAAAGGCAACAGAGGAGAAUGAAGAGGAGGAAAGUGUUUCUAAUAAUGAUGAACAGUCUGAAGAAUCAUAGCUAAGCUAAAUUUUACACUAAUCAAUUUUCACAUUUGGUAUUUUAUACCUUUAUAGUGAAUGAGGGGUUUCAGUUUUUUGGGGGUUAAAAUUUGUUUCUAAACUUUUUUUUAUUUAAAAUAAAAAUUUCUGCUUUAAA